AUAUCAAUAACAACCUACAAAAGUUAAAAUGCAAUUAUUAAUAUCGCAAUGUCACAAAUAAUGGCCACUCUCGCUUGAUAAAAGUAAACAAAGUGCCUCACUCAUCGAUUAUUAUAACUUUAUCGGCAAGACUAAAGUAGUCACCUCCAAAAAAAACAGAUAAGUCGACUUGGUGACCUUCGUCCUUUCCUUUCUAUACAAUAUACCUAAACAUAAACAAACUAACGCUGACAUGAUUCCACUUUCAGUCUUCACACCGCAAACAUGAACCGUUCAAUAACCACUCUCACCGCAGUACUAUUAAUCAUCUUCAGUACCACCGUUUCUUGUGAGUGUACAAAAGGCAAACGUGCUUCAAGUUUCGAAGUAGAAUACCAAUGGACGUUUAUCAAUUUCACCUGGGAAAAUGAAAACACCUACAACGAUGCGGUCACCACCAAAAGGUACAUCCCGGAAAACAACGCCAUGGCAGGAAUCAAAUUCUACAAAGACACCUUCUACAUCGCCAUGCCCAGGAUAUGCGAAGGUACGCCGGUGACGCUAGGCUACAUCUCAACCAGUGACACCACCCCAAAAUCUGAAUCCUUGAUCAGUCCAUUCCCUGACUGGAACACCAACGACUUGACCAACCACACGUGCGAUAAACUCGAAAACGUCCAGAGUAUGGAAAUCGACGCUGACGGGAUCAUGUGGGUUCUGGAUGGGUUCCGCAAACCCACGUCAAAGUGUCCCCCAAAACUUGUCUUGUACGAUUUAAACAACGAAGCCAAAGUUGUCCAGAGUUUCACUUUUCCAGAAGAAAUCAGCUUGAGCAAGGGUGGUUUUUUGAACGAUUUGGUGGUGGAUGACAGUGACGGCGGGUUUGCUUACAUUACAGAGCACGGUUCUGUCGAUCCAGGCAUAGUUGUGUAUUCUAGAGCCCAAAAUCACGCCUGGAAGAUUCGGGACGCGUCAAUGUUUGCCGAAAUUGAUGCAACGAAUUUCGUGGUUGACGAAGUUGUUUUUAAUAAGUUGGCACCAGUUGAUGGAAUCGCGCUUUCACCGAGGAACCCAUCGGGACCCAGGCAGCUGUAUUAUUGUGCACUUACUGGGGUAAAUCUUUAUUCUAUUAGUACGGAGAUUCUAAAAGAUGAAACUGCGUGUUCUGGGGGUGAGUGGAGGGUUAAUGUUACACACAUUGGGGCCAAGUCAGCUCAGAGUGAUGGUAUGGUGGUUGAUAAUACCGGGGUUUUGUAUUACGGGUUGCUUCCACUUUAUGGUGUGGGGAGCUGGAAUAGCAGUGGAUCGUUUGAAGACGCUGGGGUUGUGUAUGCGAAUAAUGGGACGAUGAUUUGGACCGAUAGUUUUAGUUUUGAUGAUAAAGGGUAUUUGUAUCUUCUGGCUAAUAAUAUUCAUAAGUAUUUUCUCACACAAUGUGCGUUUGACUCUACUGAACCUUAUGUUAAAUUUAGAAUUUUAAAACAUUUUACUGGUACUCAAAGUUAUUUACACUAAGCAAACUCUGUAUUUUUAUGUGAUGAUAAAUGUAUAUAUUUUUUUGUUCA